AUGGAUUUUGGAAGGAAAAAGACUCAAAAGUACACUUUCAAGAGUCCUAAGUUAGAAGACCUAAGGACAUUGGGAUCUUUGGUUGUUGACACAAAGGCUUUCAGCAAAAGAUAUGGACAUUUUCUCUCUCUUUUAAGGAUCAACAUGGAAGAUGGAGUUCUUUCUACUUUGAUUCAGUUUUAUGAUCCCGUGUAUCACUGUUUCACUUUCCCCGAGUAUCAGCUUAUGCCAACACUUGAAGAAUACUCUCAUUUGCUUAGUGUUCCUAUUUCUAGUCAAGAUCCAUUUUUUGAUUUGGAGGAAGAUCCCAAAGAUCAAGACAUUGCAAAGGCUCCUCACUUGAAGAUGUCAGAGAUAAGGGAUCACAUGACCACAAAAGGAAAAAUGCUUGGUUUGAUAGCUAAGUUUCUAAUGAACAAAGCUCAGUAUUUUGCUAGAAUGAGGAGUGUGGAUACGUUUAAGGCUAUUUUUGCUCUACUUAUCUAUGGAUUGUUCGUAUUUCCUAGUUUUGAUGACUUUGUUGCCAUGGAUUCCAUCAAGAUCUUCUUAAUAGGAAAUCUAGUUCCUACUUUGCUUGUUGAUGCCUAUCAUUCUGUUCAUAUGAGGAAUUCUUAUAGUAGAGUAAUGAUUACAUGUUGCAUGCUUAUGUUGUACAAGUGGUUUAUUUCUCACUUGCCUAGGUCUCAUGCUUUUUGGGAUCUUAAAGAUGGUCUUUUAUGGUCACAAAAGAUUAUGUCGCUCACACAUUCAGAUAUUGUUUGGUAUAGUCGUGACUAUGAUGGAGUUAAUAUCAUUGAUAGUUGUGGAGGAUUUUCUAAUGUACCUCUUCUUGAGAAGGUGAAGAUUGCUUUGACCAAAGCGCAGCGAGAAAGGGACGCUUGGAAGAACAAGUAUCAAAUCAUCAACAAUGAGGAUGAAGAAAUUAAAAGGCAAUGGAACAUGAAGAAUGAAGAAGAUCUCUCCAACAAGAAGAAGAAGGUGCAAGAGGAUAUAUUUUCUUAUGGCGUUCAGUCAGGUGCUCCUUGGAAGUUGAUCAUGGACAAGCUUGUGCUCGAGAAGGCUAAGGUGGAAGAAUAA